GAGAUAUUAAAAAACAAACAGCCAUAACUAUCUUCACUACCAUCAUAGUCACCUAUAUUGUAGUCACAAUUAUCCGAGGCAAGACAUUUUCUUAUAUCACCUUGUACCUACAAAAUGAACAAAACAUUCGAAUCUUUAAAAAAAAUAAAUGCAGCCCAAGUUGAAUUCGACCUUUGCGAGAUUUAUUUUUAACUUUUUAUGAAAGAUGCAAUCAUUUUUACCACAAUUUAUGAUAAUAAAACAGGUAGAUUAAAAAUUUGUUACUUCUAGUUUGACAUAAAAUAGCUGACCCGAAAAGCGCUAGCGGGUCACUGUGAAUUAUGACAACCAAUUAAAAUCACACAGAGAGACAAAAAGCCAAGUUGAAAAUACAAAGUAGAAUUUCAUGUGAAGUCGGCGUAGUAUAAUAUUCCGAAUUUAUUUAUUGAAGAAAUAUCAAAGAUUUCAAUUUUUGUUUACGAACACAAUAUAGCAUGUUUGGUCAGCGUUUUUUCCAGUUUAUUAUUAUUAUUAUUACAAUUGUGCGGUGAAUUUAUUGAAAGCUGAUCGAUCAAAUAUGGGUAGCGAAAAACCCGGUUCAGACAAUGGGGAAAAACGGGUUUAUCAAGAUAAAGAGGAGAUGAAACUUUGGGGUAUUUUUAUUUUUGCAUUAAUUGGAGCUACUGCCACCACUUUCGCCGUCACACAAUUGCGAAGUACAGUGGAUUUUGUCUACUCUCAGUCAGCACAGAGAAGUCGAGCUGGGGGUUCUUUUAGGACAAGUUUUCAGGAGGAAGCGUGGAAAAGAUAUAAUCGCAGGAUGCGGGAAGAGUAUGAAGAAGAAAUGGAGAGAGUGGAGCGCAUUCGUCGUAUGCAAAGUGUUUUCAAUAGGGAGAGAAACAAGUAUAAGAGGAGCUAUGAGAGCUGGCAAGAAAAUGGGCAAAGUGCAUAUCAUCAGCACUUCCAAAGGAAUGACUGGUAUUGGAAGGCUGAUACCUCGUUUAGAGACCGGGGAACUAAUUUCAGGGAAGCUCCUAGGGCCAAUGCAAGCUACCCGUUGUCGCAACAUUACUCGGUUUUGGGCCUUGACAGGUCUAGGACGAAGCCUUACACGGAUGAUGAGAUAAAGUCUGCCUUUAGGGCCAAGGCAAAGCAGUUCCACCCUGAUCAGAAUCAGCAAAACAAAGAGGUUGCUGAAGCAAAGUUUAAGGAAGUCAUGAAGUCGUAUGAGGCUAUAAAAUCGGAAAGGAAGAAUGGCACGAGUAGAUGAAAGAGCCAGGAUAAAUGCCUGCAAAUUUUCUGUAACAUUCUAAGAGGUCAUGUCCACUUGACGUUGUAUGUUAGUUUGGCUAAAUUCAAGAUGGAUCCCUGAGCGACUGUCAAGCCAUUUGCUUCCAGCCUUGUGCUAGUCGACUGGUGCACGUAGUCUCUUGACAUUCUUGGCUUCUUAUCAAGGUUUUCAAGAUACGCUUUGAAAUAGGUUCUUGUUUCUUUUUUCUUCAAAAUUGACAGAGUAUAAGAGCACUUCUACAGACGAGGAGGUUGUAACUUCCAGGAUAAGUGUAAUUCCUCUUCCGACUCCCUACUCUUCCCGGAAGAGCGCGAUUUCUGACUUGGGAUAACUGAACAUAUGGAUUGACAUUGUAUAUCGCACAGGCUAUAGUACACUGUAAGUUAUAGUCAAGAGGUCAAAUAAAGAGAGAAGGCUGUAAUCAGCCUAUGAAUUUUGCCUUGUAUUAAAUCUGAGUGGCUAAGGCUGAAUUGCCCAUGUAAUUGGUUUAUUGAUUAUGUUAUAUCAUUAGGUGACUUGGUGGAAAAGAUUUGAAGAAACUUCUUGAAAUUAUUCAUUGUAGCAACACAAAAGGUCGAAUUUAGAGAAAAAGUCCAGUUUCUAUGCUA